AUGUGGCUAGAACAUCCUACUUUUAUGAAAGUGGUGGAAAACAGUUGGGUAGAGAAAAUUCAUGGUGAUGCUCCUUAUAUUUUCAUGACAAAGUUAAAAUAUCUCAAGCAUAUUCUUAAAGACUGGAAUUGGAAAGUUUUUGGUGAUGUGAAGUUAAAAAUCCAAGAAGCAGAAGACAAUAUUAAAGCAAAAAUGAUACAUUCUUAUGCUCAUCCUCAUAAUGAACAAGUUUUGGAAGACUUAGUUGCAGCUCAAAAUGAAUAUAAUUCAAGGGAAGUACAAUAUAAUACAAUACUCAAGCAAAAAUCCAGAAUUAAAUGGGUAAAGAGGGUUCAGCUAAUACAAAUUUCUUCCAUAUCAAUAUCAAAAUUAGGCAAACAAGAAAUUCUAUUUUGGAGUUGGAAGAUGAUAAUGACAACUUCAAAUCAAAAGAAGAUAGUUGAUACUCUAGUUGACUUCUUUGAAAAAAGAUAUCAAUAUCAGGAAGUUGAAGUUAAUGAUUCUAUUCUUGAGUCAAUUCCAAAAAUAAUAACUGAAAAUGAUCAAUUUAUGCUAGAAGUCAUUCUAGAAGCAGAUGAGAUUAAAGCUGCAGUAUUUGAAAUGGAUGGUGAUAGUGCUCCUGGUCCUGAUAGUUUUUCAGGUGCUAAACAGCCUAAUCAGUUUAGACCAAUUGGUUUGAGUAACUUUAGUUUUAAAGUUUUCACCAAAAUUAUAUCCAUGAGAAUAGCCAGCCUGAUGAAAAAAUUAGUAUCUCUACAACAAGUGGCAUAUAUCAAGGGAAGAAGCAUUCAUGAGCAGGUACUCUUAGCAUCUGAAUUAGUGAAUGAAAUGAAAAAGAAAAGGAGGGGAGGAAAUAUCAUCCUAAAACUUGAUAUCACUCAAUCUUAUGAUUCAGUAAGCUGGGUUUUCUUAUUCAAAGUGCUUCAACAAUAUGGAUUUUCUUUAGCUUGGUGUGACUGGUUAAAAGAACUGUUAUCUUCUGCAAAAAUCUCUGUUAUGGUUAAUGGAGGACCAAAUGGCUUUUUCUCAAUGCACAGGGGUUUGAAGCAGGGUGACCCAUUGUCUCCCAUUCUUUUUUUUUUGAUGGAGGAAGUUUUGAGUAAAGGAUUACAGAAUAUGGUGGAUAAUAAUAAAUGA